UGGUCUUUCUUUCUGGCCUCAAUCCUCUCAUCUCUUGAACUUAGCCCGACGGCCGGCAACCCUACUGCUCGGGCGGGAAGUCGCUCGCGAGGCGGCCGGCGACCAGAAGGCAGUCCUCCGGCAGUCGAAACCUAAUCCCAGUGAGGGGCUCCGGCUGGCGACUAGAAGGCGGUCCUCUGGCGAUGCCACGCAUCUCACCAGCGACGGUGAUGAUCAGAAAUAUUUUGAACACAAUAAGGAAAGGAAGCCAUGCGAUGGAUUAUGGAGAUAGGACUCUUUCAUUUGUUUGUCGACGUGGUUUCCAUGACGGAAAGGUCCUCAGUGGCCCUAGAAGCUUCUUUGGUGUGGAAGAUUUCUUGGAUGAUGACAACAGCAGACCAUACACAUACAAGAAGGAAAAGAGACCAAAGAGCCCACAUAAACAUAUUUCAUUCAAGCAGCGUACAAUAGCUUAUAUGGAGCCCUUCUCACUCGAUGUCUUCAUAUCCAAGCGGUUUGUCUCAGCUUCCGUCACCCAUAGGGUGACAUGCAAACAGGUCGCAGUUGCAGGAACUAACUCCAAGGAUAUAAAGGCAGUUUUAAAGUCCAGGUCUGAUAUACCUGCAUGCUUAGCGGUUGGGCGGUUCUUAGCAGAAAGGGCAAAAGAAGCUGAUGUUUACACUUGUACUUACGCUCCCAGGGAAAGGGACAAGUUUGAAGGGAAAAUAAGAGCUGUUGUUCAGUCUCUCAUAGACAAUGGAAUCGACAUAAAAGUUUAUCUUGAUUGAUAUUUAAUGUGCUUGAGAACUCGUUGAUUGUUUCUUGGGUCAAAAUUCCCUGAGUCUUAAUUUAUCUUUAAUGAGAAUUUGGAAGACCAA